AUGAGUCACUGGGCGAAAAGCUGCAAGAACAGUGGCAAGAGUUUAGGCGGAAUUUGGCUGGCCUGGAAGGAUUAUCCGUACCACGGUGGACGGGAAUCGGCCUACGGGGCAUGUAUCUACAUUCGAACCGUAGCCGAUGGAGGAGCGGUCGAUGUGCAUCUUUUAACGUCGAAGUCCCGUGUUGCCCCAUUGGAAAAUUUGAAGAAGAAGAAACAAUCGAUUCCGCGCUUGGAACUUUCGUCGGCAUUGUUGUUGGCACACGUUUAUGAAAGGGUGAUGAACAACAUUCGCAUCAAUGCGAAGGCAUACUUUUGGACGGACUCGAUGAUCGUCAAGUGCUGGCUUCAGUCGCCACCAUCUAGGUGGAAGGAAUUUGUAGCAAACCAUGUAUCAGAAAUCCAGCACAUUACAAAGAAUGGAACUUGGAACCAUAUCGCCGGCAUCGAUAAUCCAGCAGACAUAAUUUCACGGGGUAUGACUCCAGCGCAAUUGCAGUGUCAAUCUCACUGGUUCAGAGGACCCAACUGGACCUUUCAUGAGAGAGUACACUGGCCGAUAAGCCAGCAUAUUCACGAAGAAGAAAUCGAGUCGUCAGUGGAAGAAAAGGAAACGGUGGUUCUUCAAGCAGCACUGCCCAGCGAAGUUUUCAGUCUGCGAUCAUCAAUGGUGGACCUGACCAGACUAGUUGCUUUGAUCCGUCGAUUCCGCUUUAAUGCUCAAGUUGUUAAUCGAAAUUGUCGCAAACUAGGAACCAUUUCGUCCGAAGAGCUCGACGAUGCUGUUCGGUCAUUAGUUCGUUUGUCACAGGAAGAAUGUUAUCCGCAAGAGCUGAUAGAUGUCGCACGGGUACACCAUGUUCGUUCUUCGUCUAGAAUCGCAUCAUUGAACCCUCGACUACGCGAAGGGAUACUUUGUGUCGGCGGCCGGUUACGACACGCUUCUGUUUCAGUUGACCGCAAACAUCCAUUCAUCGUAGAUCACCGACACCCUCUCGCCAUAGUAAUCGCCAGAUACUACCACCAGAAAUUGUUUCACGCCAGACAGCAGCUGACGAUUUCAACCAUGCGAGAGCGAUUCUGGCCUACGAGCGUCCGGAAUCUGGUCCGAAAAGUCAUUCACAGUUGCGUGGCGUGUUUUCGAACGAAACCUAAGGUGCAUGAACAGCUGAUGGCAGAUUUACCACCAGAACGUGUCACCCCGUGUGCUCCAUUCCAGAGAGUCGAAGUGGAUUAUUGCGGACCGUUGUACGUCAUAUACCCUCACCGCAAACGCCAGCCGGUGAAGUGUUUUGUAGCGAUUUACGUUUGUCUGGUUACAAAGGCUGUACAUCUGGAAUUAGUAGCAGAUCUUACAACGCAGGCAUUCUUGGCAUCUCUAAAGCGGUUUGCAGCCCGGCGCGGAAAACCGGACUUAAUUAUGUGCGACAACGCCAAAAACUUUGUCGGCGCAAAACGAGAAUUAGACGAACUCUGUUCUCUGUUCCUAAAUCAGCAGUUUCGAGACAUCGUAGAGCAGGAGACAGCCAGUGAGGAUAUACAAUUUCAGUUCAUUCCAGCACGAUCGCCAAACUUUGGAGGAUUGUGGGAGUCUGCAGUCAAGUCCUUCAAAGCGCACAAUCGGUUCCCACAAUCUGAUCUACGACGAGAUGUAGACCCAUGGCAAAAGAUCCAGCACAACACUCAGGAACUUUGGAAAAAGUGGACACGCCAGUACCUGUCAGAGCUACAGAGCAGAACGAAAUGGACCCAGCAGAAGGACAAUGUAGCAGUCGGAACGAUGGUGGUUCUUAAAGAAGAGAACUUACCGCCUCUAAAAUGGUUAUUGGGACGAGUGACUAAGGUACACCACGGACCAGAUGGCAACAUUCGAGUAGUCGAUGUGGGUACAACAAAUGGCAAUUAUACCAGGGGGAUCUCCAAGAUCUGUAUAUUGCCAAUUCGAGACAAUUCCAACCUAUCAUCAGAGGAGACGGCGGAGGCUGGGAGGCCUCCGCACACCACCGGUGUCCAUCAGGAUGCCAACCGGAAUCAUCGGAGGCCAUGGGGCCUCCGAUUCAGAAUCUUCAUCGAGGACAACUCAGCAUGCAGCAAAUAUCCAAUCCGAAAGAAGCAGUUCCAAUCCAGUAGCAAAAUCAUCCAGCCAGCCAAGUAA